AUGUCUGGCUGGGACGAGAAGCCUACCGUCAUCGGUUUCGGAACCAAGCGCCCUACCGUCGCCAAGGGCUCUGCCCUCAACGCCGCCCAGCGCGCCGGUACCGUCACCUCGACCACUGCCAAGGGCCGUGCCCAGGGAGGAGGUGCCACCAACUACCAGAAGCUCGGCAAGCUCGACGCCGACGACGCCCCCAAGCCCCCUGAGAAGGUCGACAUCUCGGUCGGCAAGGCGCUCGCUACUGCCCGUAUGGCGAAGAAGAACGCGGACGGAAAGUCGAUGACCCAGAAGGAGCUCGCGACUGCCGCCAACGCCAAGCCCCAGGACAUUGCCGACCUCGAGUCUGGACGCGCGCUGCCCAACCAGCAGCUGCUCGGCAAGCUUGAGCGCAUUGUCGGCGUCAAGCUGCGUGGUGCUGCGUCGCAGAUCGGCCAGCCCCUCCACGGACCCAAGAAGAAGUAA